AACUUGAACCCGGAGUCGGUUUGUCAGAACAAACAGCUGCUGAACUUUGGACGGCUGGUUUGAAGCCACAUGUGAGUUUUAUUUCGAGGUUCAACAGGAAAAGCAGCUGCUCUGAACUUUCUGCUCACCUCUGAGAAAACCGAGGAACAACUUCAGGAUGGCUGAGAGACGGGCGACGGCGAAGCCUGCAGCAGAACCGGACUUCCUGCAGUUCAACGACCUGGCCUGUGAGACGGUGGGAGGAAAGGUUAUUUUUGCCACAGAUGAAUGGUUUGCUCCGGCUAAAAACCUGCUGAAGCGAGAGCCUCCGCAGUUCAUCCCAUCUGCUUUCACAGAAUUUGGAAAGUGGAUGGACGGAUGGGAGACGAGGAGGAAGAGGAUCCCUGGUCACGACUGGUGCAUCAUUCAGCUGGGAGUGGCUGGUUUCAUUCAUGGACUCGAUGUCGACACGUCUUUCUUUACUGGGAACCACUCGCCUUACGUCUCCAUCCAAGCCACCUGCCUCGAUGAGCUGCCCCCGUUCACUCCCGGGGAAGAUCGGACCGGCAUGGCCGCCACUGGAGCUCAGAUCGCUGCUGUUGCCAAGCUGAGCUCAGAGGUUUGGCCAGAGCUGCUGGGCGAGUCGGCGCUGCAGCCUGGAUACGCAGACUGCUGUCACAACUACUUCAGGGUCAGCACCAAGAGGAGAGUCACGCACCUGCGCCUCAACAUGUAUCCAGAUGGAGGAAUAGCCAGACUCAAGGUGUUUGGUAUCGGCCAGAGGGAUUGGUCUUCCGUCCCGACCAACCAGGACGUCGACCUCGUAGCACUGACCAAUGGGGGAGUCUGCCUCGGCUACAGCGACGCCCACUUUGGACAUCCGCGCAACAUGAUUGGACUUGGUCGAGGCGCCAACAUGGCGGACGGAUGGGAAACGGCCCGCAGAUCAGACCGGCCCAAAACUCUGAAGGCAGACCAGCGGGGAAUCCUCCAGGUGCCUGGCUGGGAGUGGGCCGUGUUUCGUCUCGGUCGUCCUGGGCUGAUCGGCAGCAUUGAGGUGGACACCAACCAUUUCAAAGGUAAUUUCCCAGACUCCUGUCGGAUCGAAGCGUGUCUUUUAACCGCUGAAGACGAGGCGCGGUGCAUCCAAACCAGAUGGAACUCUGGGAAAUGGGAAGUGCUUCUUCCACCUCAGAAGCUCCGUCCUCAUCACAGGCAUCAAUACAGCAAAGCAGAGCUGAUGCUGAAUGGACCCGUCAGCCAUGUUCGGCUCAUCAUCGCUCCUGAUGGAGGCGUCAGCCGCCUCCGUCUGUGGGGUCAGCCCAUGUUGGUCCCCGGAGAUCCAGCCAAUCAGAACAGACCGCCAUCCAAACUGUGAUCCGUCACAUCACUGACCUCACCAUGUGGGAGGUCUGAGGAUCUUAUUUGGAAGAAAUUGUGUUGAUGAUCUAAAUUAAAAAGUUUAGAAAGUGAAUGGUUCUAAUAUAACAAACCCACAGACAACUUUCCCAGGUUUCCAGGGGAAAAGCAUGUGGUCGUCUCUCCAAGGUCCGUCUGUGUCCACAGAUAACGGUGUGGAGACAUCUGGACACAGACGACAGCCCUGCGUCUGUUGAAGUCAUUUUUAAACAGAAUCGCAGAAGUUGUUCUGUUUGGUUCUGAUGUUCUUCACUUUGAAUUUGUGAUUUUAUUAUUUCAAAGAGGAUCCGGUGCUGUGUCGACUUCCUGAAGGCCGAGUUUCAAGGUGUUAAAUUAUGACGACGAAUUUCCUUUAAAUCAUGUUUUAUAUGAACAACAUUUUUAUAACAACUGAAGGUAACAUAGUUACUUGACUGUGCUAUGAAAUGCCUGGAAAAUAUAUAACACCACCCCUUUAAGAAUGCUUGUUUUCUUCAAAUAAAAUGUCUACUUCAUUUCCACCCAACUAG